GCAAAUUCAUUUGGUAGCCAUCCUUCAGACAACGCGUGUUGGAGAGCAGUGUUGUCAUCAUAGUCAUUUUUUACCCUGUCCUAAUUUCUCUUCUUCAUCCAUUGCCCAUCUGAAGCUCCCAAUUUUCAAUUUUUUUUCAUUAAAUUUUACAAGAUUGUGUUUUCUAUUUUGAUGACUUAAGUUGGUAGUGCAUUGCGCUGCAAUGAACUUGUUCAUGCAUUUAUGAUGCAUUAUCUGAAUAUCAAGAACUGUGUUGUGGUGAUUGAAGUUACGAGUUGUUUGGUUAGAAGGAAAUGGAAAGGAAGGAAUGUAGCAGGUGACAAAGAUAGUACAGGUAAUGGCAGUUGAGGAAGAUAUUGAUCUUUCAGAUUUGAAGUACCAACUGAGCCAAACACAUGUUAGUUGGAAGCAAGAGAUGGAGGAAAGCCAGUCCCAAGUUGAUGCCUUGCAAGCAAAACUAUUAGACGUAAAAACUUGUAUUCAGGGGUCAGAAGAAGAUACAAAGAAAGAGUUAAAUGUUCUUUGGAGCAGAGUCAGAACUGCUGCAACAUUAAUGAUGUAUUUGAAAACUAAAGCCAGAGUCAUGUCUGUUCCUGAUUUGGCCUCUACGUCAUGCGGUAUAAAAGAACUAUAUGGAGUAGGGCUUAUAGAUAAAAAUGGUGUACCAUUGUCCAGUUGGUCAAGGGACAUAGAUCUCUCGUCUUUUGAUGAUGCUGAUGAUGCAGCAUUGAUUAGACUUACAAGUACACAAGAUUCUUUUGAUGAACAAGAUGGAUCUUAUAGGAGCGAAUUACUCAGAAGUGCACAAUUGGUUACAUAUGUUAUGGAAAAUCUUGUCAAGAGGGUUAUAAUGGCUGAAUCUGAAACUGCUUUAGAAAAGGAGAAGGUAACAAUAGGUCAGGAAGAGAUUCAAAGAAGAGCACUUCAGAUUGAAAACAUGUCUACUAAGUUAGAAGAGAUGGAAAGGUUUGCUUUUGGUACAAAUUGUAUCUUGAAUGAGAUGCGCCAGAGAGUUGAAGAUUUGGUCGAAGAAACUUCUAGACAGAGACAGCGAGCUGCAGAAAAUGAGCAGGAGCUUUGUUGUGUUAAGAGAGACUUCGAAUCUCUGAAAUCCUAUGUCAGUGGUCUCAUUAGUGUCAGAGAAACUCUUCUGUCAUCAGAAAAACAAUUCCAGACAAUUGAAAAGCUUUUUGAACGGUUAGCUGCAAAGACAACUCAAUUGGAGAGUGAGAAAAUGCAGAAAGAAGUUCAAGUCCAAAAGCUUAUAGAAGAAAAUGUGAAGUUGACAACUCUUCUUGACAAGAAAGAAGCACAACUCUUAGCCAUGAAUGAACAAUGCAAGGUUAUGGCACUUAGUGCUUCUAAUAUUUAAAUUCUCUGAGAUUUUUCUAUUCAAUGAAUGCAUCUUUGAGAGGAAUAUGCACCUAUAGUUGUAUUGUUGUAUUUGCUCAUUAGGUGGAGUGAAGUAAUUCAACUAUCCAGAUGAACUUUGUUCUUCAAUUUAAUGUUGAGUUGUGCUGCACCGUCUUCGUGCAUCGUCUUUUGUUUCUGUGCAACGACCUCACUCCUAAACAAGUUGGAGUUGGCUAUAUGAAUCCUCGUUUCUUCUUU